UUUGCUCACAGCCUUGUCGGGCGGAUCUUCUCGGGACUCGUUCAGCCGCAGUCGGGACGCCUCUCUCGGCAUGGCCUCCGUCGUGUGCCGGGUCCAGUUCCUGGAGGACUCGGAUCCGUUCAUCUGCACUAACUUCCCGGAGCCCCGCAGACCUCCGACGGUCCGCGUGGAGCAGAACCUGCCGCUCAGCGAGCAGAUCUCCGGGAUCCACAAGCUGCUGGAGGCGCCUCUGAAGUUGGAGGACUGCACCCUUCAGUUGUCUUCUCAUGGAAACUAUCUGGACCUGGACUCGUCUCUGGAGGAGCAGAGGGACGAGCUGGAGGGCUUCUAUGAAGACGUAACGAAGGGGAAGAAGCCCAUCCUGAUCCUGAGGACUCAGCUCUCUGUUCGGGUUCACUCCAUCCUGGAGAAGCUGUAUAACUCUCAGGGUCCAGAACUCCGACGGUCCCUGUUCUCCCUCAAACAGCUGUUCCAGGAUGAUAAAGACCUGGUUCCAGAGUUCGUGGCCUCUGAAGGCUUGACCUGCUUCAUUAAAGUCGGAGCGGAGGCCGACCACAACUACCAGAACUACAUCCUGAGAGCUCUCAGUCAGAUCAUGCUGUUCGUAGACGGUAUGAACGGAGUGAUAAACCACAAUGAGACGGUCCAGUGGCUCUACACUCUGACAGGAAGUCUGUCUCGUCUGGUGGUGAAGACGUCUCUGAAGCUGCUCAUCGUGUUCGUAGAAUAUUCCGAGUCCAACAGUCCUCGACUCAUCAACGCCGUCAACACGGUGGACGGAGAGAGAGGUGUGAAGUCGUGGAGUUAUUUGAUGGAGGUGCUGGAGGAGAGAAACGGCUCCGACACAGAGCUCCUCAUGUUCACCAUGACGCUCAUCAACAAGACUCUAGCGGUUCUUCCUGAUCAGGACUCGUUCUACGAUGUGACCGACAGUCUGGAACAGUUGGGGAUGGAGAACGUCAUCCACAAACACAUGAGCAACAAGGGGACCGAGCCAGACCUCCGGGCUCAGUUCACCACCUACGAAGCUGCUCUGAGGUACGAGGACGGUGAUGUGGAGGACUCCUCCCUUCACCUCCGUAAGGAGAGAAGAAAGACGGCCGCCGGCGAGCAAGAGGGACGGAAGAGCCGCCGCGUGUCCAGUCAAAACCUCCCGGACCUCCUGUCCUCCUCCGCUGGCUCCUCCCCCUCCGCCUCCCCCACUCCCCCCACCUUCCUCUCCCCCUCCACCGCCAACAACCCCCUCUCCCCCACCAUCUCCUCCGCCUCCUCCUCCAGCCCAACGGGGGGGUUGGGCAGCAGGGCCUCGUCCCCGCUGUCCUCCGACCCCAGCAGCCCCACCUCCAGUCCGUCCGGAUCCCAGAGAGGGUCUCCGCUGCCCCACCACACGCCCCCCAACGGUACCGUGACCGCAGAGGUGGAGUCCAAGUCACCGACCAGCGCGAGUCGCUCCUUCCUCAGCCACCACAUGUCCUCUCUGGGUCUGAGCAGGAGGUCCAGGCUCUUCUCCAAAACCAGCUCCAUCUCUGAGGAGCCUUCAGCCUCCUGCAGCUCCUCCUCCUCAGCCUCUCACCAGGAGAACUCGUCCCAGUUGAACCAGGAGCAGCUCGGCAACAAGACGGAGACUAAAACCAGUUUAAACUCAGAUGACUGUUCUGUAAAUCCAGACAAGCCGGUUCUGAGAAAGUUUCAAGACACCUUCCUGCGCAGCCUGGCAGCCACUCAGUGGGAGAAGAAGAGAAGAAGUAAAAACCUCAGCCAGUCCAAGCUGUCCUCCUUUGAUGACACCAUAAACCCGAGCCUGAAGCCUGCAGAGGAGGGCGGCAGUGUCCCGAGUGAAGAGUGGCCUCGUCGGAGCUCCACCUCCAGCAGUUUGGACUCUAACAGACACUCAGACUCCCAGAAUGACCCAGCUUCGGAGUUUGAUCGGCAGAGCAGCACUCUGACCGCUGCUGCUCCCAACACCAACAAAGAAGAAGGCCACUUCCUGCCCGGUGGAGAUGUGGGCGGUCGUGGUCGUGUGUUGGAGCGUCUGUCCAGCUUCACAGCGCGCUCAGUAGAGCCGUCCAGCCCCAGCGAGAGCAGAGCGUCACGCAGGGCGGAGCUAGAGGGGCUGGAAGGCUCCGCCCAGGCGGCGCUGGCCCGCCUCGCUGAGGAGCAACAGACCCGUCAGCUCCGUCCACAGAGCAGCGUGGACGUUGAGGGCCCCGCUCGCCGUCUGGAGACGACCCCGAUGACCCCUCUGGGCCCCGGGGGCCCCCCCGACGCCUGGGACCAGCUGCAGCUGAGCGCCGCCGCCCUGCGAAUCAAAGACCUGGACUUCUCCGACCUGCUGGACGAGGAGGACAUCGAUGUCCUGGACAUGGACACCUUUGACUCCUCCUCCUCUUCCUCCUGCUUCUCUGGCGUCCCACCUCCUCCUCCUCUUCCAUCUCUGGGACCCGGUGUUCCUCCUCCCCCUCCUCUUCCUCCCGGUGUUCCUCCUCCUCCUCCUCUUCCUCCCGGUGUUCCUCCUCCCCCUCCUCUUCCUCCCGGUGCUCCUCCUCCUCCUCCUCUUCCUCCCGGUGCUCCUCCUCCCCCCUUCCUCCCGGUGCCCUCUCGGAAGAAGAAGACGGUGAAGUUGUUCUGGCGGGAGCUGAAGCAGGCUGACGGGCCGGCCCGGUGCCGGUUCGGUCGGGGGACGGUGUGGGCGUCUCUGGACAAAGUGUCCGUGGACACGACGCGACUCGAACACCUGUUUGAGUCCAAAGCCAAGGAACUGACCGUCGCCAAGAAAGGACCUGAGACAAAGAGGUCUGAGAUUCAGGUUCUGGACCCGAAGAGGAGCAACUCCAUCAACAUCGGUAUGACUGUCCUACCGGCCGUCCACGUCAUCAAGGCCGCCAUCCUCAACUUUGACGAGUUCGCCAUCAGCAAGGAGGGGAUAGAGAAGAUCCUGACCAUGACCCCCACAGAGGAGGAGAAGCAGAAGAUCCAGGAUGCUCAGCUGGCCAAUCCUGAGGUCCCUCUGGGGACGGCGGAGCAGUUCCUGCUGAGCCUGGCCUCCAUCAGCGCCCUGACCGCCCGCCUGCAGCUCUGGGCCUUCAAGCUCAACUACGAGGCUCUGGAGAAGGAGAUCGCUGAGCCUCUGUUUGACCUGAAGCUGGGCAUGGAGCAGCUGUCCUCCAACCAGACCUUCAGGAGGAUCCUCGCCACGCUGCUCGCCAUCGGGAACUUCCUCAACAGCUCCAAUGCUAAAGGCUUCGAGCUGGGUUACCUGGAGAAGGUGGUGGAGGUGAAGGACACCGUCCACCGUCAGACUCUACUGCAUCACACCUGCAGCCUGCUGCUGGAGAAUUACCCAGAAUCCUCUGACAUCUACUCUGAGAUCCCCGCCAUCACCCGCUCCGCCAAAGUGGACUUUGAGCUGCUGUCAGAGAACCUGGUGCAGCUGGAGAGACGCUGCAAAGCAUCAUGGGACAACCUGAAGGUGGUGACCAAACAUGAGAUGAAGGCGGUUCUGAAGAACAAGCUGACGGACUUCCUGAAGGACUGCACGCAGAGGAUCAUCAUCCUCAAGGUGGUCCACCGCAGGGUCACCAACAGGUUCCACUCCUUCCUGCUGUUCCUGGGUCAGCCCUCCUCCUCCGUCAGAGACAUCAGAGUGACUUGUUUCUGUCGUAUCAUCAGUGAGUUCUCUCUGGAGUACCGGACCACCAGAGAACGGGUUCUGACCCUGAAACAGAAACGAGCCGCACACAGAGAGAGAACCAAGACCCGCGGCAAGAUGAUCACCGAGACGGAGAAGUUUUCAGGGGCGGUGCCUGAGGACGAUGGCUCCUCCCCCGUCUCCAUGGCAGCGGAGGCGGAGCCGGGUCAGGAGGAGCACCAGAACAUGAAGAACCUUCUGAACAGCAGCGACAGUCUGACGGUGGACCAGAGAGGCCUGAGACGCUCCAGAGCGGUCCGCAGUCUCGGCAGAGUGAGUCCGUCCCAGAUGUCUGGAGCCAAAGAAGACGGGACCGUCUCCCAGGACGACGCCACGGACGAGAUCAUGGACCGGCUGGUGAAGUCCGUGACCCAGAACCCCUCCGACAGACCGUCCAGCCCCAAGACCCGCAAACGGUCCCGCCUGAACCGGAAGUCAUUGAGGAGGACUCUGAAGAGCGGGCUCAGUCUAGACGUGGUUCAGGCUCUGGGACUCAACAGCCAGUCUGCAGACCGGGUCUGAUCAGAGACCUGAGGACUGAUCCCAGACCAGCUGAGAUGACAUCAUGACUUUAUUAAUAUUAAUGUGGACAGAUUUCUCAGAUGAGUUCAUGUUCCUUCAAACUAAAGCGACGUUUCCUCUGAGACGACAUUCAGGAAACAGAGAAGAAGAAACUUCACUGGUCAAACAAACGACAGGUCCUUUAAGUUCUGGUCCUUUUGAUGAAACCACAUGAUCUUCUUCUGCAGGUUUUAAUCACGUUCACACAACCUUCUCACCUGAUCACAGGUGUUCUCCAGGACGCUGUGACCUCACUGUGACCUCACUGUGACCUCACUGUGACCUCACUGCGACCUCACUGUGACCUCACUGCGACCUCACUGCGACCUCACUGUGACCACUGUGACCUCACUGCGACCUCACUGUGACCUCACUGCGACCUCACUGCGACCUCACUGUGACCUCACUGUGACCUCACUGACCUCACUGUGACCUCACUGUGACCUCACUGUGACCUCACUGUGACCUCACUGUGACCUCACUGCGACCUCACUGCGACCUCACUGCGACCUCACUGUGACCUCACUGUGACCUCACUGCGACGUCCCCCCUGGUUGAACGUUGAAGUGUUUUAUUUCCGUGUUUUCCUGAACGCGUCGUCAUGGUGAUCACGUUGCUUCUGUUUUUUCUUCAUUUAAAGUUUCACAGAGUAAAACAUUAAAACUGUUCAAACACAAAAUCAAUCUGAGCUUCAAACAUUUCCGUCCUGAAAGCUUUUAAAAUGAUUCAUGAAGUUCUCCUCUCGUUCUAAUGAAACUAAAACCAGAACUUUGAACUGUUUCAAACAUUUGACUCUUUAACAGUUUGUUCUGAAUAAGAACUUCAUUUAUGAGUUUAAGAAACUUUCUAAUAUUCUGAAUGAACUUUGACUUUCAGUUUUCAGACCGAGGAGUUCGUUUAAAAUAUAAAUAUGGAAAAGGACGGUUUGUCCCCUUUAAGAACACACACUCACACUCACACUCACACUCACACACACACACACACACACACACACACACACACACACACUCACAGACACACUCACACACUCACAGACACACUCACACAGACACACACUCACAGACACACACACACACACACACACACACAGACACACUCACAGACACACACACACACACACACUCACACAC